AAAAUCACAUAAUACCAAAAAAGAGGUCGUUUUUGAGAUCAAUGGAAAUUGAAGUGAAGCUCCGGUUACCAAACAAAGCUUCCCACCAGAAACUUCUUCAGUUACUCUCUCCAUUUCGCAUAACUACACACAACCAGCAUAAUACUUUCUUUGACGGAUUGGGUUCCGAGCUGAGCUCACACAGAGCCGUGUUGCGCCUCCGGUUUCAUGAGCAAACCGACCUCCCCAAAUGCUUCAUUUGCCUCAAAGCCAAUGCUGUGAUUACCAACGGUGUGAGCCGCGUCGAGGAGGAUGAGGAGGAGGUGGAUCCGUCUAUCGGGUAUGCCUGUUUGGAAGAGCCUGGGAAGCUGAUGGACGUGGAUUCGAGGGUUUUGAGGAGGGUAAAAGAGGAAUUUGGAGUGAACAGUUUCAAGGGGUUGGGAGGCUUCAGGACUGUGAGAAGUGUGUAUGAGUGGAAUGGGGUGAAAUUGGAGGUAGAUGAGGUUAAGUAUGAAUUUGGGGAUUUGUAUGAGGUCGAAUGUGAGAGCUUGGAGCCCGAGAGGGUCAAGGGGAUGAUUGAGGCUUUCUUCAAGGAUAAUGAGAUUGAGUAUUCAGAUUCACUCUCGUCAAAGUUUGCAAUUUUCAGGGCCGGCAAGUUACCUUCUUAGUAAGCCAAUUUCUGAUUUAUGAUCUUCAAUAAUGCAAUUAUCCAUUUCAAUUAAGAGAUUAUGUAUUUGUAUUCACUGUCAUGGUCACUGAUUGAUGUUUGUACUGAAUUUCCAUGUAAUUGGUUACCUUAUUAACAGUUUGUGAUAUUACAUAUUAUUUGCGUGUGAUUAUACUUUCAGAAUAAUGGUAUUGUUAGCUUCA